GAUUGACUACAUUCAUCUAUAACCCUGAUCCUGGGGUGCUGCUGAUUAGUCUAAGUGAAAUGCAAGCUCCAGGUUCAGUGAGAAACCUUUUCUUAAAAACAAGAUGAGCUUGGUGCCGAGAUGAAGGGAUGAUCUGAUGAUCAAGGGAACACAGGAAGAAGAAGACUAAAGCUUUGUGAGGAGUGGACACGUGCUCUGAGCAACAGUGGGUCAUUCAAGCAGAGACGUCCAGUACGGAAAUGUGCAGCUGGUUUCGGAGCUCUGAGGAUAAACUUUGGUUCAAGGUUGCGUCAGAACUCUAAGGAGAAGUUGGUGUAAGCUCUAGAGAAGUCAGAAAACGGACAUCCGUCUGCCCGCCUGGGCUUUGUGGCUUCCAAGUGCGGCUCAGACUGCAGAUGCACGAGUGCCUGACACCCCUGAUAGCAGGAGCCCCGGCUUCCCGGAGGUCCAGCUCUGACAAGUCACUCCUGCUAGGUGGAUUUCCCUGCUGCUAAAGGAGUCUCAGGCAUCCAACUCACCUUGUCAAGCUUGAGUGACAAACACUUCUAACCUGCUGAGCUGUCUUAGCCACUCCAGGACUACAGAUAUUAUUAGGGGCCUGUGACUUCGAGACCCAACAUGAGUGACAUUGCCUGCAAAAAGCGGGAUGACUAUCUGGAAUGGCCUGAGUAUUUCAUGGCGGUGGCCUUCUUAUCGGCCCAGAGAAGCAAGGAUCCGAAUUCCCAGGUUGGAGCCUGCAUUGUGAAUACGGAAAACAAGAUUGUUGGGAUUGGGUACAACGGGAUGCCAAAUGGGUGCAGUGAUGACCUGUUGCCUUGGAGGAGAACUGCAGAAAAUAAGCUGGACACUAAAUAUCCGUACGUGUGCCACGCCGAGCUGAAUGCCAUCAUGAACAAGAACUCGGCUGACGUGAAGGGAUGUAGUAUGUACGUCGCCUUGUUCCCAUGUAAUGAGUGCGCCAAGCUCAUCAUCCAGGCAGGUAUUAAGGAAGUUAUUUUCAUGUCGGAUAAAUACCACGACAGCGAAGAGACAACGGCCGCUAGGCUCAUGUUUGAACUGGCUGGGGUUACGUUCAGGAAAUUCACACCGAAGUACAGCAAGAUUGUCAUUGACUUUGAUUCAAUUAAUAGCCGACCGAACCAGAAGCCUCAGUGAGUUCCGCCUCGGUAAAUGCCCCGGAAGAAGGCUCGUCUCCUCUAAGAAGCCGCCGGUGCCUUUCAUCUUGACGUUGCACAUAACUUUUUAACAGCUGGCGUAGCACACGUAGACAUCUAAAGAAUAUGAAACCUUGAAUCUUCCUCACUGUCCCUACCGUUACCUGGAUCCACAUCUGUUUAAGCUGUGGAUUUAGUUUGAAUUAGAAACUAAGGGUCUAUCCCCGGGGCUGGAGCGAAGUCCUUCCCCAUCCACUGCCGGUGUGGCUGGGAUGAGGGUUAGGGCAGUUAGGGCAGAGUGCCUGCUCUCUCGUCCACCAAAUUCCAGCAGCUGCUCCUCGAUGCUACAUGGGCUAGGACUUACAAAUGAUUGCUUGUGUUCUAGCAGGAGUGAGCAGACUCACGGUGAUGUCAACAUCUGGCCCAGAGGAAGCAUACCCUGCCACGCCCUUGGAGAAACAAGCAGGACCCAGUGUGACGGUAGCAGGAAAUUUUCUGCUGCGGGGUUGAAGGGAGCUGUCAUCCAACCCACCUACCCAGGGAAGGGUGAGGACGGCCCAUGUCCUGGCAGAUGAUCAGUUCUUGCUUUCCCGCCACACACACAGUGGUGGCACGCCGUCCCUCUGGAGGGUAGCGACCCCUGUGGCUCCAGCUUCUCAUCCUUGGUUUGUUGGUCAUGUAGCACUGUUAAAUCAAUCUGAGUGAUGAGUGGCUCUCCAGGAGGCAGCCUAUCACUCCCCCUAGACCAGCUGUUGGUGACAGCUGGAGUUGUAUGGCUGGGUGGUGUAGGGCAUCCCCGCCCCCUCCCCAUCCCGUUUCCCCUGCUGUGUGGGAACAUCACUGCUCCACGUGCCAACAUGGUUCAUUUCCAAGGGCACCCUACAACCAGAGGGUACAUUAAUUCCUGUCCCGUAAGAGAAGUGUGUGUUUACCUAUACCUAGCGGUCGUCCAUUCCAACCCGCUGGGGAUUGUGCCCCGUUUGUAUCUUCAGCCACGCAGGAGGCGUCUCCUUCAUCCGUGCGGUUGGGGGAAUGUUCCGCUGUGUGCUUUGUUUUCAAUUUCAUCUAACUUCUUUUAAACAUGCUCAGUGUUCUUGACUAAAAUGGUUUCUUUUAGGGUACUCUUACUUUUUCAUGGGUCUUGAUUUUGUCCCGGAGAUUUUUCUUUUGUUUGUUUUUUACUCUGUGUUAUGGGGCCUUUUGUAAUUUGACUCUUUACCAAUAUUAUUAAAAUUUUAAUAAAAUCUACCAACA